GUAGCCUACGCUGCGCACUGCUGGAAAAACGCAGACACCGGGGCGUCUCCAGUAUAUGCCGGGGCUCUCUUCUCUCAGCACUAUGUAGCACUGCUAUACAGGUGGGCGUUGGAUUCACAGACAGUUGCGGGCCCGAGCGCGCGCACCGCCUUCUACAUGCAGCAGGUGCCGCCUGGAACACAAACGCUUGGUCAGUUGAUCGCUCGACGCUCAGCACGAUAGAACUCCUGGUGUUGUCGUUAUCUCUUCACUUUUCAAACAGCAACACACAUUCUUAUACAACUAGAUACUACACAGUGGAAAGAAGAAGACUCGAUCAAGUGCGAUAUUACUCUAUCUGUGGUUUUGUGUUGUUCAACUGGAAAUGCCAAGCUCCAUUGGCAACGACGAAAGGAGCGCUUGUUCUAUCAUCAUCAAAAGUGAUUCCGGCGCGGGCAUGACGAAUUGUUCCGUCCGUCAUCCAACGAUGCCGCUCCUUCGACGACGAAUUGUAGGACUAAUCAUAAUCAUAACGACACUUUUCAACGCUGCCGUGGGCACGAUCGCCACAACCGACAAUGUCGUCGCCGCACACACUAAGCCACCGUCUCAUCCUUUCAUGAAUGUCGAAACCAGUUGUAGCGGCGAUUCCCUGCUCAUCAUGGCCAGUCUUCAGGAACCGUUUUUCGGAUUAAUUUACGCCAAUGGAUUCGCUACCAGCCCUUCGUGUCGGGCGGAAGGCACCGGCAGCCGCCUGCUCCGGCUGGCUCUCAAUUCCUCCGAAUGUGGAAUCCAUUUUAUUCAGUCAGAGGAUGGAUCGAGACAGUUGGAAUUGUCGCUGUAUUUGCAGUACGACUACCACGUUCAACAGGCCGUUGAUGAGAAGAUGACGACCCGCUGUCGGCUACAGACUUCUGAAAAAUCGAGUACAGAGUCACCGGUGACGCAACCACCGUCGAGUCUGCAGCAGCGGCACUCGGCCAUUUUCUCUUUGCUCGAGAAGAGCGGACGGAGAAACGAGGCCGGCCCGCCGGCCACGACCAUCAAGAACGCGCUUCUGCCGUUCCGUCCCCUGAUGAAUAACUCGUUGACCCCAACAACUUCUUCGCCUGGAAAGCUUUCGGGUCUUCCUUUAACCUCCUAUCAAGCCAAAAAAUUGGAAAUGAAUCGAGACAGCAGCAAGACGCCGUCUGCGUCUCCUAGUAUGGUUUUGAGCGGGGCCCUCAAACUUUUACCGGCGCCCAAACAGCGCGACCAAAUCACCUGCUGGAUGGACAUCGUAGCCGGGACAGAUCCAACCGGAAACCCGGUCGAAGGCUACCUACGCGUCGGCCAAGAAGCCACUGUUGUCGUCCGAGUUCGACAAACCGUUGGCUUGGACACGCGGCUAACCAGUUGUGUGGCUCACGACGGUUCUCACGAAUCUCAGCAAGAAUUAUUGGAUUCAGACGGUUGCAGUUUGGACACUUCCAUUUUACCCAAUGUCCAGGAGAGGAUCAUCAACCGCUCGGGCUCGAUCAUUAAGUUGUUGUACGCCAAUUUCCAAGCCUUCCGAUUUCCUGACCGCGAUCAUCUUCACCUCAAAUGUACCGUCGUCGUCUGCAAGGGCAAAUGCCUCAUGAACCCGUGCAAUUUGAUCCGGCGGAAAGGGAGAGCAACAAAUUCCAGCAAAGUUACAGAAGGAAAGGGCUUCGGCCAACUCGGAUCCAUACGUCAAUUGAGUGCCCAGGAAAUGUCGGAAGCCGCUACCCGUCCGUCACGAGGGAGAAACAGUGAUCGAUCGCUCAGUACUUUUACUGAUUCGAAAUCUAGACUCAGAUCUGGAUCACUACGUAGCAGCAAUCUGACAUUAGCGAUCAACAGUAUUCCGAAUUACGGCGCCAUUAUCGACAAAGUGGACGUUUUUAAUAGCGUCGAAAUUCGUGUGGCCACUUCGACCAAAAAUACUGAUGAUGCAAUUAGAGGAUACACGUCCAAGUCCAUUUCGGACGAGGACUUUUCGGACGGUUCAUCCGAGGAAGCAAUUUUCUGUCUGACGCCAUCAAAAUUGUUUAUGGCGUUCGGAAUACUCUUCGCCGUGUUGAUAUCCGCCAUGCUAUUCGCCGUGUGCGUUUGCAUCCGCAUCAAGACGAGUAAGAAUAACCAAAAGAACCAACAACAACAACAGCAGCAACAACAAAGGCACAAUCCGUAUUCAGCGUCAUCACCACCGCGGUUUCUCAGCUCAUCACCUUGUCCCCCAACGCAGGCAUACAAUCCAGCUUGUAUGCGCCAUCCAGGCAGUUUCAACAGCCGACAUCAACUGCAAUUGAAUUUCAACCGGCAUCAAAAUUCUGCUGCACCUUACAUGCGUGUUUUUAAAUAGAAUAAUUUUUAAAACACCCGCGCCACUUUCGCAUUUGAAAAAACAAAAUUCGCAUUUGACUUGGCUCUUCUUUUAUGACCACCAACUAAGUUAUCAGUUAUUUGUACCUGUUCUGCAUCCAUGCCGGACACCAGUUCUGGUCACGACCUUUUUCCUAUAAAUAUAUGAAGGACAAUGUUUUUCCCGACAUUGUUUGAUUUGUGUGUACAAACGUUUUCCUAACAAAGAAUCGUCGGUGGUGGUCUCUUUUUAAUUUGUUUCUUUUGCAACAGCUCUCCUCAUCCUUCCAAAAUAUUUGAUUCGCGGUACAUUGACGAUCGUCUUUAUUUUUGCCGUUUCGGCUAAUACACGUCAUAGGGGAGGAAAAGGAGAAGGGGAAUAAGGGACACGGUCUUGGAUUUUUGAUUUGUCAUCGUAGAUUGGGAGUUUGUAAUGCUUUAUUCUAUUACAGAUAAAAAAAGUUUUCAGAAAGACUUUCAGUUCGUCAAUAUUCGAUGACAAUAGCUGGAAAACUGUUCGAGGCUUUGAUAUCAGUGGGGGGUUUGCGCUUCCUUUCUUUUAAUCGCUUGGGUUUCCCCAGAACCGUACUUGAAAUUUGUGUCGGCAAAUUUAUACUAAUGGAAAGGAUGGACGCUCCAUUGAAUACAAGAAUGAUGCUAACAAUCUUA